AUGGACUUGAAGCUUACACUAUUCUGUGUCAAGGAUGAGACAGAAUGCAUCGUCCGAAAUGUCAUGGCGUUGGAGCAGUUUCUGUAUCCAGACUCUGCUUAUAUUUGCGAAUAUUUUUUGUUCAUGGAUAAACUUGUGGACACUGUGGAAGAUGUGAAUUUUCUGAUUGAGAGUGGAAUUCUUGUUAACAAGAUAGGCUGCAACGAAACCGUGGCAAACCUGAUCAAUAAACUCUGUGUGCAGAUUAUGGAUGAUGUAUCCUGCUAUGGUGGUGUCUAUGGGCAGCUUAAUAAGCACUAUGGGAUCAGUUUUUGGAACCGUCAUCUGGCAAUCCUGAAAGGAGUUUACUUCAAGGAUCUUUGGACAGGCAGCUCAACUAUACUUGGACUUUUUGUCCUGGUAUAUUGUUCUAUUGCCUAUUGCAUAGUUUUCAGAAAUGUGCAUGGAGAUCUUAUGGGUGCAAUUUCAGUCCCUAUCACUGGAUGUUUCUCUGUCAAGGUUACUGAACUCUUAGCAAUUCAGGAAGGCCUUCAGUUUGCAUGGGAGGCCGGCUAUGAUUCAUUAGUAGUUGAGACGGAUGCGAAGAAUGCCAUUAACGACAUCGUCUCUGGCAUUGGGGCUUUUGGGGUUGCAGGAGGGAUUAUCAACGACAUCCACAUGUUAUCUAGAAACUUUGAUUCACUUUCUUUUGUAUUUGCUCCCAAAUUGUGUAAUAUUGUGGCUGAUAGACUUGCUAAGUUUGCUUUAGGUAGUGUGUCCAUAGACGUUUGGCUUGAAGAGGGUCCUCCAUGGAUCAAUGUGUUUCUUCAAGCUGACACUAAUAAUCUAGAGUUGUCAUGA